UGACUCAAUUCACAAAAAGCUUCUAAGUGCCAAAGCUUACACAGUCAUGAACUCAUAACUGACACAUAUAUCAUUAUAUUCAUAAUAUUGUACUUCUCCAUUCAUUGUCUUGAUUUGCUUCAACUGAUGCACAGUUUAGCAUUGAUUAUCAUUUCUUUCCAAUUCACAUGCUACUUUCCUACCACCUUCUGCUAUUUCUCUUCUUUAAUUUGUCACAAUCAAACCAAAUAAAUGCACUGCCAACUACUUGUUAUCACCCAUUUACACUCUUCUCAUUGGUCUUCUCUCAAAGUGGCUUUUUUUCCCAUCUUCUAGCUUCUGUUUCCAGAAAAACAUAGCUUCCAUUCAUCCAAAUUUCAAUAUUGUUCUUCCAUUUCACAAGGCUCACGUUAGACUUGUAUGAUUGUAAGGAUGUUAUUGUUACGGCCUCUUUCAAUUUCAACCCUCUUCUCUCUUGUUAAUGGAUUCCUAGUUUCUUGCCUUUGUUUUUCUCCUUCGUGAGAUUUAAUUUCCCCAAAGGGUAACAGGGUUUCGGAGGAAAACCAUGGGAAAACAGUGGUCUAUCUUCUGUGUUAUGCAUACCCUUUUGUUGUGUGUCCUUCUUUCGUCUGAAGUAGUUUUGACUAGUAUUCUCAAGGUUGGAAAAGCUUCUCCGGGGAUUGAAGGUUCUCAGAUGAAUUGGAUUGACAAGAACGGUAUUUUGCUUGUUUCAUACAAUGGAGAUUUUGGAUUUGGCUUUGUCACCACUGCAAAUGACAUCACAUUGUUUCUAUUGGCAAUAGUUCACAUGGACAGCAACAAAGUGGUUUGGGUAGCAAAUAGGGGUCUUCCUGUUUCCAACUCUGAUAAAUUUGUGUUUGAUGAAAAGGGUAAUCUCUAUUUGCUUAAAGGAUCAACAGUGGUGUGGUCUACAGGUACAGAAGGCAAGAAUGUGUCUUCAAUGGAAUUGAAAGACACCGGAAACUUGGUUUUGCUAAGGAAUGAUAGUCAUGUGAUUUGGCAGAGUUUCAGCCACCCAGCAGAUACCUUGUUGCCAAUGCAGGAGUUCAUUGAGGGAAUGAAGCUUAUCAGUGAACCUGGUCCUAACAAUUUGACCUAUGUUCUUCAGAUUGAAUCUGGCAAUGCCAUUCUCUCUACUGGUUUACAAACUCCACAGCCUUAUUGGUCUCUGAAGGAUGAUAGCCGCAAAAAAAUCAUCUACAAGAGUGGUGGCGUGGUGGCUUCAGCUACCCUUAAUGCAAGCUUCUGGAGUUUCUUUGAUGAAACUAAGUCCUUGUUGUGGCAAUUUGAUAUUGCUGAAAAAUCAGAUUCAAAUGGUACUUGGAUUCUAGUUUUGGGGAGUGACGGCCUCAUCACAUUCUCCAGUCUCCAAAGAGAAAUUGUUGUUUCACCAAUAACAAUACCACAAGAUUCUUGCAGCACCCCAGAACCUUGUGAUCCCUAUUACAUAUGCAGUGGUGGCAAAAAAUGCACCUGCCCUUCUGUUCUUAGCUCUAGUCCUAAUUGCAAACCCGGGUUUGUCUCUCCUUGCAGCUCAAAAGGAACCUUAGAGCUCCUCAAAGCUGAUGAUCCACUCAAUUACUUUGCACUUGGGUUUGUUCCACCCUCUUCGAAGACUGAUUUGAUUGGUUGCAAAACCUCUUGCAGUGCAAAUUGCUCAUGCCUUGCUUUCUUCUUCAACAGCAGUUCAGGGAACUGUUUCCUAUUGGACUGGAUUGGAAGCUUUCAGAAAUCUGUCGAAGAUUCUGGUUUAGUGUCCUACAUUAAGGUGGUAUCUAGUGAUGGAGACCAUGGAGACAGUGAAAGCAGCACUUUGCAGGCAAUAGUUGUUGUGAUCAUUGUGAUAGCAACAUUGUUUGUCAUUUGUGGUAUGCUGUUUGUGGCACAUAGAUGUUUCAGGAAAAAGCAAGAUUUGCCUGAGUCUCCUGAAGAGUUUUCAGAAGAUGAGAGUUUCUUGGAGGGUUUAACCGGCAUGCCAAUACGUUACAGCUACAAUGAUCUAAAAACUGCAACAAGUAACUUCUCAGUGAAGCUAGGAGAAGGGGGUUUCGGAUCAGUUUAUAAAGGAGUUGUACCAGAUGGUACUCAACUAGCAGUGAAGAAGUUGGAAGGAAUUGGGCAAGGGAAGAAAGAGUUCAAGGUUGAAGUUAGCAUUAUAGGGAGAAUUCAUCAUCACCACUUAGUAAGGCUUAAAGGGUUCUGUGCUGAAGGGCCUCAUAGACUUCUUGCUUAUGAGUACAUGGCCAAUGGAUCAUUGGAUAAAUGGAUAUUCAACAAGCACAGAGAGGGGUUUGUGUUGGAUUGGGAUACAAGGUAUAACAUAGCACUUGGAACAGCAAAAGGACUUGCCUACCUCCAUGAAGAUUGUGACUCAAAGAUUAUCCAUUGUGACAUCAAACCAGAAAAUGUGCUUCUAGAUGAUAACUUCUUGGUCAAGGUUUCUGAUUUUGGUUUAGCUAAGCUCAUGACACGGGAACAAAGCCAUGUUUUCACAACACUUAGAGGCACAAGAGGGUAUCUUGCACCUGAAUGGAUCACAAACUGUGCCAUAUCAGAGAAAAGUGACGUUUAUAGCUAUGGCAUGGUGUUACUAGAGAUCAUUGGAGGGAGGAAAAACUAUGAUCCAAGGGAAACUUCAGAGAAAUCCCAUUUCCCAUAUUUUGCUUUUAAGAUGAUGGAAGAAGGGAAGGUGAGAGAAAUUGUUGACUCAAAGGUGGAAACUGAUGAAAAUGAUGAGAGGGUUGAAACUGCUGUGAAAGUUGCAUUGUGGUGCAUACAAGAAGACAUGUCUUUGAGGCCUUGUAUGAGCAAAGUUGUCCAAAUGCUAGAGGGUUUAUGCACUGUUUCUAAGCCACCAACUUGUUCUGUGCCUGGUUCUCAGUUUUACUCAUAUAGUGAUGCUGGUACUUCUUCAGGACCAUCAGAUUGUAACAGUGAUGCUAAUCUUUCUGCUGUUAGGCUUUCAGGGCCAAGAUGACAGUGUCUGUGCACUUUUUUGUUCCUUUUUAGUUUGUUCUUGAGGAAAUUGAUUAGUUAUUCUAGUUGAAUUUGCAGAAGAAAAAUAAGUCAAUUAUUCUUGUAGUGCAGGAUCACCUCCAUACAUCAUUUGAAAAUUUUGUUUGAGUGUCUCAAAUUUUGUGAUAUAUACCUUCUCUACGUGUUUGUGAAGACCAAAA